AUAUAGAAAAUAUACAAAGUCCAGGGGCAGCUUCAAAGCAAUUAAUUCAAUCCCUAAUUGAAAUUUGAAUUUAAAGCGGGCUUCUUUUAUUAUCACACACACACACACACACUUUCGAUUCGCAGCUUUCAAGCUCAGCCUUUUCUUUUCUUCGUUAUCACUUUCUCUUCCACAAUUCCCCAUUUCCCCUAAAAGCAUCUGCGAUUCAACGACACUGAUCAUCAUCAUCAUCGUCAAUUGUUCAACCUUCCCUUUUCGCAUGUUUCAAAGUUCAGUACUAAUUCCCCCUUUUCAGAAACUUCCAUUAAAUCUCCUUCUCCAUUUUUACUCCCUCAUAUUAUGUCCAGUGACACUUCUUCCGCCCGCCCAAAUCAUCGAAAAACAUUGCAAUCCAUUCCAAACGAGAAUGAAUUCGACACUUCUUCCAAUCAAAUUCCAUCUGUCCCAUCAAGAGCUCCGCUCAAUUCUAUACCCGACCCGUCCCAGUACCAUUUGCAUCAAUCUCACGACCCAUCUAUAGCUUCUGCUAGUAAAAAAUCCGACGGAAUUGUAGAAACCCACCUAGUUCUGAAAACUCCAAAGUUUUGUGGUAGAGGUAAACUAACUAAUUCGGAAACCAAUUCAGCUCAAACCACACCAAUCAGAAGCGGGCCUAGAGUUUCCAAUAUCGGUGUUGCAUCUGGAAGUACUCUCACGAGGUUGCCUUCUCAGCUAGGUAAUGGCGGAGGAAGAGGAGGCCCUUUCCCUAGGGUUUCUAGGGGGAUUUCUGUCGUCAUUCCCCAACAAAUAUUAGUUGAUGUUCCACAUUUCGAACUUGAUGAUGAUCGGUCCUUUUGGAAUGACCGCAAUGUGCAGGUUUUGAUUCGAAUUCGACCAUUAAAUAAUAGCGAACUCAUCUCCCAAGGUCAUGGGAGAUGCCUGAGGCAAGAGAGUGGACAGACGGUGGUUUGGCUAGGGCACCCUGAAACCAGAUUCACAUUUGAUCACGUCGCUUGUGAAAGUAUUUCACAGGAUAACCUUUUCAGAGUUGCUGGACUGCCCAUGGUGGAUAAUUGCAUGUCUGGGUAUAAUAGCUGCAUGUUUGCUUAUGGACAGACAGGUAGUGGAAAAACGUAUACAAUGAUGGGUGAAAUUGAUAAAAUGGAUGGAAAGCUAAGUGAUGAUUGUGGUAUUACUCCUCGUGUUUUUGAGUAUCUAUUCACAAGGAUCACAAAGGAAGAAGAGAGCAGGAAGCAAGAGAGACUGAUAUACAGCUGCAAAUGUUCUUUCCUGGAGAUAUACAAUGAGCAUAUAACAGAUCUUCUCGAACCUUCAUCAACUAAUCUUCUGCUUAGAGAAGACUCAAAGUCAGGUGUAUAUGUUGAAAACCUCACCGAGCACAGUGUCAGAACGGUUAAUGACGUGCUUCAACUUUUGCAACAGGGGGCUGCAAAUAGGAAGAUAGCUGCAACUCAUAUGAACAGUGAGAGCAGCCGGUCACAUAGUGUCUUCACUUGCGUCAUUGAAAGCCGUUGGGAGAAAGACUCUAUGGCCCACCUUAGGUUUGGAAGACUGAAUUUAGUUGACCUAGCUGGUUCUGAGAGGCAGAAGAGCUCAGGGGCAGAAGGAGACCGCUUGAAAGAAGCUGCAAAUAUUAACAAGUCUCUAUCAACUCUUGGACUCGUAAUUAUGUCUCUGGUGGAUGUAGCGCAAGGGAAACACCGACACGUACCUUACCGAGACUCUAGGCUAACAUUUCUUCUUCAGGAUUCUCUUGGUGGAAAUUCCAAAACGACCAUUAUUGCAAAUGUCAGCUCAUCUAUUUGCUCUGCAAAUGAGACCUUGAGCACUUUGAAGUUUGCACAACGUGCCAAGCUUAUCCAGAACAAUGCUAAAAUAAAUGAAGAUGCUUCAACGGGUGUAAUUGCAUUGCAGCAGCAAAUCCAACAAUUAAAGGAUCAGUUGUCAUUCCUGAUGAAGCACCAGCAUACGUCAAUGGAAUUUACAGAUAUCGUUCCAAGACCCGAACAAUCUAGCUUGGGUAACUUUUCUGAAAGUCCCGAGCCAUUCGAGAAAAUUAAUAUCGAUGACGAGAAUAAGAUUCCGAAGGGUAGAAGUAAGAAGGUAAUGUUUAAUCCUAAAAACAAACUCUUUAAAGCUAUCUUGCACGGUGUCCUACGACGAGAGAAAUUGGCUGAGACAGAAGUUAGAAGACUGAAAACAGAAACUGAACAUUUCAAGUGUUUGGCUCACCAGCUAGAAGAAGAAACUCAGCAUAAUAAAAUGAUUCUCAAAUUCCGUGAGGAAAAGAUAAAUCGCUUGGAAUUACUGUUAGAUGGACUGGUCUCCGAUGAUAAAUUUUACCUGGAUAACAACAAUGCUUUAAGAGAGGAAAAUUUGUUGCUUCAAGCAAAAAUUGAGAGAAAUCCAGAAGUCAUUCGAUUAGGAUCGGAGAAUAUCAGACUGCUCGAGCAAAUUAGACUGUUUCAGGAUUUCUAUGAAAAAGGAGAAAGAGAAACAUUACUUGCUGAAAUAUCAGAGCUGCACAAUCAGCUUUUGGAAUCAGUUGCCGUUGAAGAAAGCUCUACACACCAUCAGUUAUCUCCAGUGAGCGGAGACCAGGAGCUUGAAGUUGCAAAUGAGUUACAAUGCUGCAAAGAUAUGAAUUCCAAAUUAAUCAGGGAAGUUGAUGAAGUACGGGGGAAACUGGUAAACAGAAUGAACUCUAAUCAAGAUCCUUUGCACUCAAUAUUUAACAGGGAAUAUGUAGAAGAUAAUGCAACACUGAUAUCUCAAGAUCAACAAACUGAAUUAGUCCGCGAUGAAGUUGGAAUCGAAACCACAAGAACAAUCAUUCAUCUACAGAAAGAGAGAGAUAGACUUCAAUCAGAAUUUCAAGUAAGCUUGUGCUCUAUGGCUGAACAGAAUUUAAUUCUCAAAGACACUGUGGCAGCUAAGGAGAUAGAAAUAAGAGUGCUGUGUGAAGGGUGGGAAAGAGCAACCUUGGAGCUAACAACAUUCCUCAUAAAUGGUUCUAGAUCCCUGGUUGGUGCUUCUCGCGAAAUAAGCAGUAUCUCCUCUUUGUUUCCGAAUACUAAUAACUGGAUUAGUGAACAUGUUGAGAAAGCUGCUAAAAUAUCCGUUGGAAAAGAAGAAACUAUUCUAUUACUGCAAAAGAGUUUGGAAAAUGCACAAAACACUGUGAUGCAAAUGGAACAGAAAUUAUACUCCUUGAAGGGUGCUGCAAUUGCUCUGACUGAAUUUCAGCAGCCAGAAGAAAUCCAGUUAUCCAGAACGACAAAUGACUCAACUGAAGUGAAAGAGUUUCGAGAAGAUAAAGAUAUUUCCAAGAAGGAUCAGAUUACUGACAAUCAAGGUAAAACUCCUAUGUUGGUGGAAAAUAGGACAUCUAAUAGUCCCACAAGCGGUCUUAGAUUCACUGUUGCUGGAAAUCUGCCAUUACUUCACACCAAUGCUUUUGCAACUACAGAUGGAGAGAACGAAGUAAUGCAUGAUGAUAUCCAAUUUAGCUUGAGAGAAAACACUAACGCAUUGUCUUUGGUUGAAGAGUGUUUUCUUGCAACUCGGACAGAUGUGGAGCAACUGUUUGCGACUGCACGUGCUGAUGCCAUUCAAGUUGUUGAGGAGUUGCAAGUUUUCUUCUGUAGCUUGAGAUCUCCCUUGGAAGAAUUAAUCUGCAAUGCAAUGCAGAAUGAUAUUAGCAUACUUGUGUUGCAGUGCCAAAUGGGAGAAUACUCGCACAAAUUCCGAAGGCCAAAUGAACUAGUUGCAGACAAUCUUGAACGAAGUUAUGAAAGUCAAGAUGUUAACUCAGCUCUUCAGCCUGUGAAACUGAAAGAAUAUCAGAUUGCAUGUGUUCCAAGGAAAGAAAUUCAAGAGUUGGACCCGGUGGAUGGUGACACUGUGGAUAAGAACUCUGAACUCAAGAGAGAACUAGAACGGAAAGAUGUUCUGUUGAAAGGUUUACUUUUUGAUUUCAGCUUGCUCCAAGAAUUUGCUUCCCACAGGAAGGACAUUAAGGAUGAACUUGAUAAGUUAAUUGUUGCUAUGAACAAAGUUCAGCAUGAACUGCAGGUCAAAAGAACUCAACAUGAUGAUACACUCAUUCAGAACAAGAAACUUGAAGGCCGCUUGUUUGAAGCUGAGCAAGCCUUAUCCAACUCAAACUCUGAAUUAAACCAGACAAGAGGAGCAUUACAUAUUUUGUCAGAGCAAAAUGUUGAGUUGAAAGAUCUUCUGAAAGAUCUCUAUCUGAAAAACUCAUACGCGGAGCAGCUAAUAGAAGAUCAAAGAGAAGUUAUCAAAAGUCUAGAUAGAGAAAUUAUUCGUGAUGAUUCGUCACCAGAUAAACGACUAUUUCAUUCGGUGGAAGAUACUGAGGUUGCCUUAGCAGAGUCCACUUCAGAGAGAGAUGAACUUGUCGAAAAGCUCACCUCUUUGCAAUACAAUCUUGAUAUGGUUUCUGCUUUAGCAGACGAGAACCAAGCUAUUGCUGCCGAAGCCCGUCAGGAGUCAGAGACCAGGAAACUGUAUGCUGAGCAAAAGGAAGAGGAGGUCAAGAUUUUGGAACAUUCUGUUGAGGAGCUUGAGAGCACCAUAAACGUACUGGAGAAGAAAGUGAAUGAAAUGGAAGAGGAGGUAGAAAAACAAAGGUUGAUAAGGGAUUCAUUGGAAGUGGAACUUCAAGCACUUAGACACAGAUUAUUAACUGUUGAGGACCUUACUGAAAGUAUGGCUUGUGAGACCUCAAGUACAUCACUACUUGAACAUCAUUUUUCCAGGAAAUCCCAUGCCAGAAUCCUGGAAAUUAAUGAGGCUGGCAGCCAAAUAAAAUUUCUUGAAGAGGAGAACAAGAGACAAGCUAAGGAGAUCAGACAAUUCAAAGAUUAUAUUUCUGAACUUGUUUUGCAUGCUGAAGCACAGGCAUCCCAGUAUCAACAUAAGUACAAGACCCUGGAAGCAAUGCUUCACGAAGUUAAACCAGAUCUAUCAAAUGUAUCUGCCACAUCAACCGUAGAAAAAGUUGAUAAAAUCUCAGCAAGGACAAGAGGUUCGAGUUCACCAUUUAGAUGCAUCUCUGGACUGGUCCAGCAUAUGAAUCAAGAGAAAGAUCAGGAAUUAGCAAGUGCUAGACUUCAUAUAGAAGAGCUAGAGGCACUGGCAGCCAGUAGGUAUAAAGAGGUGUGUAUGCUGAAUACUCGGCUGGCCAAUACUGAAAGUAUGACACACGAUGUCAUUCGUGAUUUACUCAGUGUCAAAUUGGAUAUCACAAAUUAUGCUAAUAUAGUCGACCAACAUCAACUUCAAAAGUUAAUUGAAGAGGCUCAACAUUAUAGACAAGAAUUUGUUGCAAUGGAGCAAGAAAUUAGCUACCUGAGGAGUCAGAUUGAUGAUUUACUGGAAGAAAGAGAUAGGUGUUUAUUUGGUAUUAUUAGCUGGGAAUUGCUGAUAAUGUUUUCCUGCAGAUGUGUUUCAGAAAUCAAAAGAAACAAAGCAGAUCAACUCGGUACACAGAUUGUUGUGGAACAAUUACGAGAGCGAGAUCAAUUGUUGGUUGCACAGAAUGAUAUGCUGAAGAUGGACAAAUCAAAUCUACAGAAGAGGGUUGCGGAACUAGAUGGCAUGGUGAAAAGGCUAUUCAGCAUGAAGGAGGCCCAACGACGUAACCAACCGCAAACGGGUAGUAGCUCGGUGAGGCCAUUUGAUUACGAUCUUGGGGAGCGGUUGGUCCACUCACAAAAGGCGCUUUCAAGAAUCAAUAAUCAACUUGCUCAGUAUCGUAGGCCUGAUGGCACCUACCCUGAUGAGAACAAAGUUAAAAGAAGCCCUAAUCAAAACCAUUUGUGAUGGUUAGGAAAUUCUCUUCCAGUAAAAGUCAGGAAACUCUGAUGGAUGGCAAUAAUCUCUAGGUAUGAUGUUAAGUGUUAGUAGAUACAUUCAUUGAUUGAAAAUGAAUGUGGUUUUUCUUGAUUUAUUUUACGUUUUGGAACGUGCUAAAAUAAUGUGUUGAUAAGUUUCUUAUUCUGCUGUAUCUGUAUAUUCUGUGCAAGUAUUGUGUAAUAUAAAGUGAGUGGGCUAGAAUUUAAGAUUUUCUCAGUCCUGAAUCUAUAGUGUGCAAAAUUUAUA